CCGAUAGAAAUCCCCAUGUGCAAGGAUAUCGGGUACAACAUGACGAGGAUGCCUAACCUGAUGGGACAUGAAAACCAAAGGGAAGCUGCCAUUCAGCUGCACGAGUUUGCCCCCUUGGUGGAGUACGGUUGCCACAGCCAUCUGAAAUUUUUCCUCUGCUCCCUCUAUGCCCCUAUGUGCACGGAGCAGGUUUCUACACCAAUCCCAGCCUGCAGGGUUAUGUGCGAGCAGGCAAGGCUGAAAUGCUCUCCUAUUAUGGAGCAGUUCAAUUUUAAAUGGCCAGACUCCUUAGACUGCAGCAAACUGCCCAACAAGAACGACCCCAAUUACCUGUGCAUGGAAGCCCCCAACAACGGGUCGGACGAGCCGCCCAGAGGGUCCAGCAUGCUGCCACCCAUGUUUCGUCCACAGAGGCCCAGCAGUGGCCACGAUCUGCAGCAGCAUAAGGACAGCCUCAGCAGAACCUCCUGUGAAAAUCCUGGCAAGUUCCACCAUGUGGAAAAGAGUGCUUCCUGUGCACCGCUCUGCACUCCAGGGGUUGAUGUUUACUGGAGCAAGGAUGACAAACAAUUUGCUGUCAUUUGGAUUGCCAUCUGGUCCGUUCUGUGCUUCUUCUCCAGCGCUUUUACUGUACUCACUUUUCUGAUAGAUCCUCAGCGUUUCAAGUACCCCGAGAGGCCCAUUAUCUUCCUCUCAAUGUGCUACUGUGUCUACUCAGUGGGGUACAUUAUUCGCCUCUUUUCAGGUGCUGAAAGUAUUGCCUGUGAUAGGGACAGCGGCCAACUCUAUGUCAUCCAGGAAGGACUGGAGAGCACUGGCUGCACCAUUGUGUUCCUGGUUCUGUAUUACUUUGGUAUGGCAAGUUCCUUGUGGUGGGUAAUCCUGACUUUAACUUGGUUUCUAGCAGCUGGGAAAAAAUGGGGGCAUGAAGCAAUUGAAGCAAACAGUAGCUACUUCCAUUUGGCGGCAUGGGCCAUUCCAGCUGUGAAGACCAUAAUGAUCCUAGUUAUGAGAAGGGUGGCUGGAGAUGAGCUGACAGGGUUGUGCUAUGUUGGAAGCAUGGAUGUGAAUGCCUUGACGGGGUUUGUACUCAUUCCUUUGGCUUGUUAUCUAAUCAUUGGCACUUCUUUUAUUCUUUCUGGUUUUGUGGCCCUUUUUCAUAUCAGGAGGGUGAUGAAAACAGGUGGAGAAAAUACUGACAAGUUGGAGAAACUUAUGGUCAGGAUUGGUGUCUUCUCAGUCUUGUAUACAGUGCCUGCAACUUGUGUGAUAGCUUGCUAUUUUUAUGAAAGACUUAAUAUGGAUUAUUGGAAAAUUGUGGCAACUCAACAGAAAUGCAAGAUGAACAAUCAGACUAAAAAUUUAGACUGCAUGAUGAAUAACUCUAUUCCAGCAGUAGAAAUUUUUAUGGUCAAAAUUUUUAUGCUGUUGGUUGUGGGCAUUACUAGUGGUAUGUGGAUCUGGACUUCCAAGACCCUUCAGUCCUGGCAAAAUGUUUGUAGUCGAAGAUUAAAGAAGAGAAGUAGGAGAAAACCUGCAAGUGUUAUUACAAGUAGUGGAAUCUACAAAAAACCUCAACAUCCACAGAAAACUCACCUUGCAAAAUAUGAAUCGACAUUACAGCCACCCACUUGUGUGUGA